AUGACCGGCGGAAAAGAAUCUCAGCAAGAAAAUGCCGCUGAGGAUCCCAAAAGCGAACAGCCACCAGGGUAUAAACCACAGUCUUCUUCAUCCUCUAGCGAACCCGAAUUGGACGACUUUGGACUACCCAGAAGACCGGCGAGCGUAUCUCGACCUCCCGAACCUGAUGACAGCGGAGAUGAGAGCGAUACUUUCCACGAUGCCGAAGCUCCUACAGAUACGAACACCAUAGCCGAGAAAGAUGACAAAGAUAAUGUCUGCGAAGAGACCAAGCUCAACGGACACACUGCGGAACAGGAGGAUCAGAGCAAGAGCCAAAAUCCAGAGACUGGACUGUCCACAGCAAGCAAAGAAGCCGAACAUGGAGAAUCCCAGGAAGCGGAGGAUAAAUCACUGAAGAAUGAAGGGAGUACAAGGCCCGAUGUGGCCCUAAAUAUCCCCAAGAUUAAAGUGCCUGUGGCUUCAGAGUCGGGGCAAGAUUCUGCAACCGAAAAAGGCACAUCUCCCAGAAAUUCUCAGCUUUCUCCAGUUUCAGCCAUAAGCAAGCGUGUGACUCGGGCACAUGCUCCCGCUGUGUCCGAAUGGUCGCAUCAAAAACAAGUAACGCAAGACCAUCCCUCCGACGACGAAGAGGAAGAAGAGGAGUGGCAAGCCAUGCCAGCUCUGGACGAGUUUGACAUCUAUGAUGACAAUGGCCGACUGGUGGCAAAGGGCAACCGAGAAACCGAAGAGGAAACGAAUGCUUAUUCCGGAAUAGGAGGCGCCGGGAAAGGAUAUACCAGGGUACAGCUCGAUGAGGACGCUCAGUCUGCCACCAGCAUGGACGAGGAUACCAACUAUUUGUUCCAAAAUAGCCAGAAAUCCCAGACAUUGGAUGGAGAGUUCCCAGGAGACGAUGAACAAAGAGAUGCUCUUACCCAAUUGCAAGCCACAAAGGAUCUUUUGACCGAGGGCCAGCGAAUAGCCUACGUUGGUGUGGUUCGCCUGACGAUUCAUAAGAUGCUUCAGGCUCUCAGCGACCUGGAGAGGACAAAAGCUACGAAGAGGGAAAUCACCAAGGCCUUGGAGAGCAUGGACAUGUGGGGACAGAAAAUGAUGGUUCGUUUGUAUACGCACAUGGACAUUAACCCUGCUGAACAGAUCAUGAUCGAACAGCUUGCAGAACAUGGAGUGCAGCCGUCCGAUUUGGUCACUCCCUUAAUGCUAAAUGCUAAAGUCAAGAAUCCGUUGGCUCAUGACGUUGUUCCAGAGCCAUCAAGGCCAGAUAUCUCUCGGAACAGGGACUCAACUGUUUCCAACCCUUCUCUUAAGGGCGACAGACCGGAUCUGAAGGAGGGCAAAGAUGGAGAAGAAGUUCCUGAGGUGCACGGGCCGGAAGAUAUGCCCCACACGAAGCAGAUCGAACUUGAUUUGCGCUGGACUGUCCUCUGUGAUUUGUUCCUGGUAUUGAUCUCCGACGGUGAGUACGAUGCUCGGUCUAGGAGACUUCUUGAAAGGGUAGGCUCGACCAUGAAUAUUAGCUGGAUCCAGAUUUGCCGAUUUGAGAAAAAGGUCAUUGAUCAACUGGAAAUGCAAGAAGCAGAAGCCAAAGAAAAUUGGGAUGAGUCUGAAAACAUGGAGAAAAGACGGAAACUAGGUCUGAAGCGAAAGUACAUGGUUAUGGGACUGGCGACCGUUGGUGGCGGUCUUGUCAUCGGUCUCUCUGCCGGUCUUCUUGCACCGUUCAUUGGAGCAGGCCUUGCCACGGGGUUCACAACGAUCGGUAUCACUGGUACCGCAGGCUUUCUGGGAGGAGUUGGAGGAACAGCACUGAUCACCUCUGCCUCCACAGCUGCCGGUGGUAUUAUUGCGGUUCGAGCGUCAGAACGACGGACCGGACACGUAAAAACUUUCGAGUAUCGCCCUCUGCAUAACAACAAACGGUUCAACCUUAUAUUGACUGUCUCUGGCUGGAUGGCAGGCAAAAUCGACGAUGUUCGUUUACCCUACAGUACCGUCGAUCCAAUCAUGGGCGAUAUUUACUCUCUGCUUUGGGAACCGGAAAUGCUUCAAUCAAUGGGUGACACCAUCAACAUUCUCGCUACGGAAGCAUUAACUCAAACGGUUCAGCAAGUGCUCGGAAGCACUAUCUUGGUUGCACUCAUGGCGUCGCUCCAAUUGCCGAUUGUCCUGUCGAAGCUGGCUUACCUUAUUGAUAACCCUUGGAGUGUUUCAUUGGACAGAGCCAAUGCCGCCGGGCUCAUCUUGGCGGACUCGCUGAUGGACAGACAUCUAGGACAAAGACCAAUCACUCUACUGGGAUUCUCCCUCGGGUCCAGAGUGAUAUUUUCCUGCUUGAAAGAAUUAUCCAACCGUGGAGCGUAUGGCUUGGUGCAGAAUGUGUAUUUGUUUGGUUCACCGGUCGUCGCGAAAAAGGACGAAUAUCUACGAGCUCGUUCUGUUGUUUCUGGCAGAUUCUUAAAUGGCUAUGCUUCUAAUGACUGGAUUCUGGGAUAUUUGUUUCGAGCAACAUCGGGGGGCAUCAUGCGUGUUGCAGGACUUGCUCCUGUGGAAGGCAUUCCGGGAGUGGAAAACAUCGACGUUAGCAAUUUGGUGUCCGGCCACAUGGCUUACCGGGCAGCUAUGCCUCAAUUAUUGCGCCAGGUUGGUUGGGAAGUGGAAAGCGAUGAGUUCACUGAAAUCGAAGAUCCUGACCCCGACAAUCAUGCAAAACGGCAACGCGAGCUGAUUCAAGAAAUCGAUGAGGCCCGCAAGAAGGCCGAAGAAAGGCCCGAAAAGAAACGAUUUGGGCUGUUCAAAAGCGGGAAGCUGGCGGAGAAAAGAGGCUGGGAGACGUACAGCAUGAAUGACAGCAGUCAUAAACGGAGCGACAGUUCAAGUCAAGAACUAGCACCUAGCCAAGAUGGUAAUGUCCUGUUCGACAUUGAUGCCAUCCGAAAAGAACUGGAAGGUGAAAUGAUUGAAGUCAGAGAAUUGAACAGCACGUUGCCGCCCAUGCAGAUCACGUCGGUCAAAGAUGGAGAAAAGCACGUCGAGUAUAUUCGUCUUCCGCAUGACAUUAAGCCAGAUGAGAUUGCAAGGAUGAAUCUUCCGCCCCGGCCAGAUGAAAUUGACGUAGGCGUUGGUCUUGUCCAACUUCCGCCUGUACGACCUGCCAGAACAUCGUCUCUGAGGCCUUCAUCCAUUUCGAGCCCCCAUCGAUCUCCACGAGUAAGUCCACAACGAUCACCACAACAAUCUCCAGACCCCAAUCGACGAUCACCCUAUGCCUACUCAGAACCGAGAGAACUAGUCACUACUUUACCGCCUCUCAGUCUAACGCCUUCACAGCCUCACUGGCCAGAGAGCAACAAGGGGUCCCCAAAUCUACGACCGGAUCUUAAACCACAUGCCACGGAUCCUUCUAUUCCGAGCUGGAACGGACAAACAGCAACAUCGGGUAAUAGUGCUGCAACGCCAAUGCCAGACUUGGAUCUGGAACGUAAUGCAUGGGCAGAUGACGAUGACGACUUUGAUCAAAGCCGGGGGGGGAUCAAGAUGACAUUUGAAUAA